GUCUGUAUCUAUGUAAGUGAAGUAUCAAAUUCAUCAAAGGUCCCCCCAAAUGAACAAGCCGCCUGUCUCUCUGUUUGUCUGUCUGUCUGUCUGUCUACCCUGCGCGCGCUUGGCUUUCGAUCCUCCUCCUCCUCCUCCUCCUUCGACCUGGCCUGGCGUGGUAUGGUAUGGUAUGGUAUCCAUGUAUGGUAUGGCAUGGUAUGGUGGUAUCUCUACCUACCACUUACUGUAUGUACGAACGGCCUCCACGCCUAGCAAUUUCCUUCUGCUCGCCGUCUCUCGUUUAAUCAUUGUUGUUACCACAUCGUCACCCUUCCACCCAUUUUUCCUCUUCUUUCUUUUGCUUUUAUCCUCUGCCAAACCCUCACCUUCCCCUCUCAACAACAUACUACACCCUUGCUCCGGCCCUCCGCCUCCCCUACGUCGAUCCCCUAUUUCGAUCUCCCACUUCGAAUGAGAAUCCCCGAAAGCUCUUGAUUUUUCCUGGACUCGAAAUACAUGCGACCCGGACAGACCAGAUGGACGAUCCGUCGAGGAUAUUAGCCCAGGCAAGGGCGCAACUCGAGGCCUUGAAGCAGGCCGGUCUAAGUAAACAUGACUUAUUAGCUCUGCUCGAGGAAGAGCCACAGCAACAACAACAACAGCAACAGCGAUCACCAGUACCACUACCACAAUCACAACCACAACAACAGCAGCAGCAGCAGCAGCAGCAACAACAACCACCGCAACAGCACCUGUCACCCGUGUCACCCGAUG